GGGGGCGGGUCCCUGGAGGCCUCUGCUUUGUGGUAGUGGGCCAGACUAUGUCUUUAGCAUUCCUGCUGUCCUGAAAGAGCCCGCGCGAUGGAGUUCCCCGACCACAGCAAGAACUUACUACGAAGGCUUUGGGAACAGCAACACGAGGGGUUUCUCUGUGACUGCACGGUCCUGGUGGGCAGCACCCAGUUCCUCGCCCACCGGGCCGUCCUCGCCUCCUGCAGUGCCUUUUUCCAGAUGUUCUACAAGGAGCGGCUGGAUAAGCGAGACUUGGUCUCGAUCAACAACGAGAUUGUCACGGCGCCUGCCUUCGGUCUCUUGCUGGAGUUCAUGUAUAAAGGGAGCCUCUCCUUCAGCGACAUGCCGGUGGAGGACAUCUUAGCUGCGGCCAGUUAUUUGCACAUGAACGACAUCGUCAAGGUGUGUAAGAAGAAGCUGCAAGCUCGGGCUUUGGCAGAAGCUGACAGCACAAAGAAGGAGGAGGAAUGUCUGCUUCAGCCCCCGCAAGCCCAGGCCUUAUCCUUGCCCCCACCUCACUCCUGCAACCCAGAGAAAAACAGAAAAGACUGGAAAGCAGGAGAGAAAAUGCCUUCGGAGGAACCGCUGGCCUCCACGCUGGAUGUGGCAGAUACCACGCAGCCAGGCAUGGAAGCGCCUUCCUCCGCUCGGCCUCUUCCACCUCCUAUCGUGGACGUCUCCCUCUCCAGCCCCAGCAGUUCCACCGAAACUCUGUUGUACAGCUGUUUUCCCGCUGGGAACGGAGCCGAAGGGCCAUCCAGCGUAGAUCCCCCUCCGGAGAGGUAUGCCGAACAGCGGGCUGGGAGCACCAGCACGUUUGGGCUCAAGGAGCCAAAUCAGUCCUCCACCAAGGUCAAGGUGGAGGCCAUCGUGAUCUCGGAUGAGGAGCCUGAUGCGGCAGAGCAGUUGGAGGGACCGACCCCUGACCUGAGGCUAGAAAGCGUCUUCCAGAAAUCCGGCGGGGAGGUGGGCUUGGGGGGAGGCUGUGGGCGCCACCCGGACAGUUUUGAAGAGCCCGGCGGGAUGGAAGAGGUCUCUUCGGAGAGCAACUUCCUGCCCCAAGAGCACGGGCCAUACCACAUGAUCCAUGUGCCCGGAGGACAAACCUUUUCCACCAUGGUGACUCCUCCCUUGCACGAACAGAUCUACUUGCAGGAUUACGAGUCCCACUCUAACUUUGGCCUUUUUACCGAGGAGGUACCCACUUGUAAGACGUGUGGGAAAACCUUCUCCUGCUCCUACACGCUGCGCCGCCACGCCACCGUCCACACCCGGGAACGCCCGUAUGAAUGUCGCUACUGCAUGCGGAGUUACACUCAAUCCGGAGACCUCUACCGGCACAUCCGGAAGGCCCACAACGAAGACCUGGCGGUGAAACGCUGUAAACAUGACGUGGAAAAUCCUUCCUAGGGCACGCUGUUGAUUCCCAGAAGAAAAGGCAGAAUCCUCUGGUCUUCUCAUUCCUGCAAGAAGCCCCACGGCUGGUUUCUGGUUUUCCCACUUCCUCCUUGGCUGGGUCGUUUUGCCCGACUUCGUAAAUGUCACCCUGUCUACAACUGCUGCAGAGAUUGGGUGUUUGGUUUCCCCUUAGGGGCGAACGCUUUGCCAGCGCAGAGUCGCCUCCAGCCAUUCCCUACACCACGACUGGAAAUUAGCCACCAUAAACCAUCACCGAACGAGGAUGGCUUAUCUUCUGUAUUUAUUUGUGGGUUAAACUGCCGGUACAGCGAGUCUUCUAAAGCCGGUGUUUUAGCCCUCUGAAAGAUCAGCCUCGCUGGGUUGUGGGCAGAUCCGUUCUCCGUCACGGUGGCAGCUCAGAAUUUCAUUUGUGGGGACGGGAAACGAUUGGCGUCCUUGUGGCCGAGGGGCACCAGGAUCUGAUGUUGGUUGUAAUGGUACAAAGUGGGCAAAACUCAUUGGCAAAAAGGUGCAGGAUCUCUUUUUAAACGCCGUAACACUGCCUAAAGUGAGUGGGCGGCAGAUUGCUUCCGACCCAACUGGAUGCUGAAAUAUUGCGGACGAGGAACUGGUUUGAGCCCUCCACCCACCCAAAUGUUGGGGCAUACUAGAACUCUUCUUCCCCAUCUCUGAAUGACGUCCUUCUUUCUCCUUCCAAGCAGCCACUGCCAUUUGCCAUGUUCCAGUUCUCUAACCUGUUUGUUCUGUAAGUAGUUCCAAUACAGCCUUAUUGCUAAAGACACAUAUUCCACAGUAAAAAGAAAAGAAAAAUCAAAACUCAGCGCUUCUGAAUCUCUUGGGGUGUACGGGACUUCAUUUUCCACCUCUAACGGAAUACUUACCCAACUGAAACAUGUUUAGCUUUAGUCGCACAAGUGUGUUGGGUUCUCGGCAUUCCCUGAACUCGGUUGUUUUCCUGCAGACGUUUCGUUACCAGCCUAGGUAACCUCACUGCAUGGAGGAGUGAAGUUUGCUGGCUGUUUAUAUAUAGCAGCAAACCCUUCUCUCCCACACACUGAUGUCAUUACCUAGCCUGGUAGUGAAACGUCUGCAGGAAAACCAGCUUAGAGACCGCCAGGAGCCCAAUAGUUCAAACCUGUGCCACGUUGGGCAUCAACCGCUGUUCCAGAGGGGGAUGAGCCGAAGUAUUUGGUCUGCCAGCUAACUUUUAAGACAGAAAUCACAUAUCGCUCUUAUCGAUGGUUUGCUUUAUCAGGUUGUAUAGCAUAGGGCACAAUGGGCUGAAUUGGUGCAAGAUCCUCUCACAAGCCCUUGGAUGGUUUAGCGCAGAAUUCCCCAGCUAGCAAAGUUGAAGUCUGCACCUCUUAAAGUUGCCCAGUUUGAAAAACACUAGUUGAUUGUGUGAACCUGGCCCUAAAGCAGGCAUUGUAGGAGAUAGUUGUAGCCCACUUUGGGGGGGGCUGGAAGCUAUCCAAGUGAUUUUCCCCCUUUUGGGUCUUCAUUAGUGAUCCAGCUGCUACGUGGGAAAAAUUUGGUGUAGAGGACAUUAAGUCUGCUUUCCGGAGGUAGGAGUUUGAACGAGGAUCUUGGAACCAGCCCGCCCAAAACUGGGUUUUGCAUUGCCCCAGCUUAAAAAGGAAGAACAAACUUUAUGCAGUUCCUUGUUGCUAACCACGCUGGCUGAAUUAAAGGGUGUAGACUUAAAACAGGAAGCUGGUUUUGUGUGUUCGUCCCACCAACAAUUUAAAUCGUCGUAAGCCACUGUGCUACCCAAGAAAGAUUUUUCUUACAUC